UCGCACUUUAUAUAUUUAUUCUUAAGUAUAAAAUGUAGUACGGCUUUUUUCACUAAAUAAUAUUUACAAAUAUUUCUUUUUAUUUUAUUUUUCAUUUUAAUCGUAUGUAUGUAAAUCGACGUACUUCCCAACCAAUCAAAUAACCAACCACCAUCUUUGCCUACAAAACAAAUACCAUCAACUACUCAAUUGUCUCACCAUAAAAUGUCACACUGUAACAAUUAUGAUAAACAGGCCCUUUAACCUGAACGAAAGAUUUGUUUCAGUGUUAGAUCAACUGGAUGCCCGCGUUGAAAAAUUUCGCAAAGAUGCAUUGGGCCUGCAGGAGAAAAAGGAUUUUCUGCUCAUGUCUAUUGAUCUGAUCAAGAGUCACGAUAUGCUACAGUCGAUGAUGGAGGCUGAACGCGAGGAAAUCUUUUGCUACAUACAACGCGUAAAUGCGCGUCUUUCCACCGUCGAUUUAAUGGUGCACACGGUGCGCGAUCGCUCUCAAGAAGAUGCGCUCAGUCAAAUCAACGAACUCAUCGAUUUGAUGAUCACAAUGGGCGAUCCAGUAAUGGCACGCCAGCGUUGCCAACAAUACCUGAAUGCAUGCUGCAGUGCAUCGGAGUCGUCAGCAUCGUAUGAAUAUGGCGUCGAUAUGGAUGCUGGUCCAAUAGAUAAGAAAUUCGAGAGUGCUCUACUGGGUUGUACGCUCGACGAUCAGAAAAAUAUCAAGAAGCGGUUGCAGGCUUUAAUGGGAUACUUGAACAAACAAACUGUACGAAAUUAAAUGAAUUUAGGUAAAAACAGCACAGAUAUGAAGAAGAGAUUUUAUUUUAAUUAAAUGUGUAAGCCAUAGAAUGGAUCAUAAUACAAAAAUGGUAUGUGCGAUUGAAGAGGAAAGCACACAAAUUGCUGCCACAAAAUCGCGACAACUGCAUGAAAUGCGAUUUAACCCCGCAGAGACACUUCCACCUCAAACCAAUUCCUGUAUAUUGCAGUUGUACGGUACACUUCCUAUUUAAGUACUUCUUUUAAACUUUUGCCACAAAAAUUAAAACUUUUUUUAGUUAUAUUUAUAUUAUUAUAUCAUUCAAUAUUACUUAAUUUUGCAAUUUUCGGCUAGACAGUAUUUGACCAUCCUUAAAUACAUAAUGUUGCUGUCUAUUAUAAAUUGAAUUACAAGCUUUACAUUAAAAAAUUGGAACCAAUACAAUUUCUUUAAACUGAAAUUUACCUUUUUCUAGUUAAAAAUUGCACACAAAAACAAAGUAAAGCAUGAAUGUUUACAUAAAUUUAUAUAUAGAAAAAAUACCAAAUCAAAUGAGCGAACUGUUAUGUAAUACAUAAAACUUAUUAUCUGAAAUAAAAGAUUCGAUUUUUAAAGUAUUCAUUAUUGACUGUCGCCAAUAACAUAGUGCUAUAAAAAAAAAAAAAAACAGAUACACCCGA